GGCACCCUCUGCUUCACUCCAAUCUCUUUCAUUUCUGGGUGUUAACUGGAGUUCUUAAAAUGGGGGAGAGAGUUUUGUUCUGUGUGUAGAGUUUGGAAGAGAAAGAUACUAUUUUGAGACUUGUAUAAUGCCAGUUCCACUUGCCCCCUACCCGACACCACCAGCUCCAUAUACACCUCCAGCAAAUGGGAAGACUGGGGCACAGAGUCAACUUGUCUGUUCUGGGUGUAGAAACCUUCUGCUCUAUCCAAUUGGAGCCACCUCUGUGUGCUGUGCUGUUUGCAAUGCAGUCACAGCAGUGCCACCUCCUGGCACAGAAAUGGCCCAGUUAGUUUGUGGAGGCUGUCACACUUUCCUCAUGUACAUCCGUGGAGCCACAAGUGUGCACUGCUCUUGUUGUCACACAGUCAAUCUAGCUUUGGAAGCAAAUCAGGUGGCACAUGUCAACUGUGGGAAUUGUAGGAUGCUACUCAGGUACCAAUAUGGAGCUAGGUCCGUGAAAUGUGCGGUUUGCAGUUUUGUAACAUCAAUUGGGGCCUCAACAAGCACCAUUGAGCAGAAAUUCAUCUCCUAAAUCUUCCUAUGAAAGUUGUUACAGACUACUUGGUUUUAAUAGUUACAUAUCGCUGUUGAGGAAUAACAAGUGCAUCUGAGAUGGCAGAGAAAAUUGUCUUCGCAUGUAUAGAGUUAUAUUUCCCUUGAGUGAAUUAAUUAAAUAAUUUUGGUAUUACUGUGUGUACGGAUAACUAUUGAUGAAUAGAUA